AUUUUUAUACAUGUAAAAGUAAGUUUCCUUUUUUUUGUGUUAUAGAGAUGCAAUAAAAAUGGGAUAGAAAGAAAUUUGACACAAUGGAUCUUAAGAAUUGGGUACAGGUGUUUGUCUUUCUUCAAGUUAUGAUAGGAAUUGUUGGUCAGAAUGAGAUAUGUACAUUCUAUGGUCUAGAGGCAAACUGCAGGUAUCGUAUUGAUGCUAUCUCCCUGUCACACAUCAGGGUGGAGAUCAAUCAAUGUGCCGACCCUGUUGAAGUCACUUUCUACAUCAAAAAUGAGAGACCUUAUGUAGAUUUCAGUCACACAUUUAACAGAGCUGAUACUCUGGUGUCCGUGCCAAGAUUCAUGGUACGUACACAGCUCCGAGUUAGACUGACAAAGAAGAAAGAUGAUGUCAUUAAUAUUGAGGCAGAUUUCUUUGUAUAUGGACAGGAAAGGGCAGACUUUAUUAAUGAUGAUGUUAAACUUAGAGGACUAGAGGAUCAUUGUCCCUUGUUGAAUACAGCAGCAAAGAUUGCUAUAGGAGUGACGUGUGGACUGACAGUCUUAGUUGCCAUUCUGAUCUUCUCUUUGUUAUAUAUUCGUUACAAAAGGAGAAAAAAGAGAGCAGCUUUUGCAGAGAACCAGCUUGUUAAUAAUGCUGCUGAGCUGGGAACCUCUACACCGGUUUCCUCAUUGACAAAUCUAAAUGAGAGCCACAUGGGAACCAGUCAAGUGGCUUCUAUAAAUAGUAACAAUAUAAAUGGUGAACAAAAUGCUAGUGAUGCAAGUGCAGUGGUUUCUGAUGAAAGGAGAAGUUUAGACGAUGAUAGAGGAAAUAAUGCACAUAGAAAUUCAGUUACAUCAGACAGGGACAAUAAUAGACCUGACAUUAGAUUCUCAGAUAUAUUAAAAAAUGGAAAUCUGAAAAUUUCUGACUGUUAGAUGAUUAUUUUAAGGCCUUUAUGAAGUCUUUAGCUGUCAGUAACCUGGGACAAAAUUUAAUGGGAAGGCAAGUUAAGUAUUUUGAAAAUUGUAUAGGUAAAAAGGUGAAUGGUAGAACAUAAUUGAGGGGUAGGGGUGAGGGUUAUUGUUGUUGGUUUUUUUUGGUGUUUUUUUUUUUUCUUGCCUCGAAGUAAAGUUUAAAUUUAGCCUUGACUUGAAUAAUAAAGAUAAAUGUUAAUGAUUGACUUUUUUUAUUACUAAUCUAAAUGUAAAUGUUAUUAAAUCAAUGCAAACCAUAUUGUUUUUACAUUCCAUGUUUAUGUACAUAUAUAUUUACAUAUCAUGUACUUUGUGUGUUCAGUAUUUUGUAAAUGUUGUUUUUCUAGAGUUUUAUGUACAUUACUUUGUUGAACAAUUCAUGAAUCUGUAUAUUUCAUUAUUCAUUGUUGAUUGAAUAAAGAGAGAAAAAUAUUACAGACUAAUUUACCUCUGGUCUUGAACAUUACACAUUUUAUGUAUAGAUCUGCAUUUGAAUAAAAGUUUUAUUUGUAUAUACUUUUUCUAAAAAUUAAUAUGUUAUAUUAAAACUUUCAUUUUAGCAUCUUAUUAGUUCUUAUUUGUUUUAACAUUUUUCAUUUGUUUGUAUAAUGAUUUUAUAAUUAAUAGACGUAAUUUAAUUAUUGACAGUAUAAUGUAGUUUUAAAUUUUUUAAUAACAAUUUUUGUAGGCAUAUAUGUAAAAUUAUAUCCAAGGUUUUAUUGGCUAUGAUUUAGAACAUUUUUAACCAGGUUUUCCGAAGGAAAAAAACUGGUUAUUAGAUUGAGGUAUGUCGGCGGGCGGGCGGGCGGGCGGCAGGCGGGCGGGCGUAAACAAUUUCUUCUGUGCGCAACUCCUCCUACAUUUCUCAACAGAUUUUGACCAAACUUUCACAGAAGCUUUGUCAUCAAGUGCCCUGGCGCAUAUUGUCGGGGUUUUGCAAUUAGAUAAUAUUUGACCUAAUUAUGGCCCUUUGUUUUUUUUCCUUAUAUAAAAUAUAUAGUGAACAAUUUCUUCUGUGCGCAACUCCUCCUACAUUUCUCAACGGAUUUUGACCAAACUUUCUCAGAAGCUUUGUCAUCAAGUGCCCUGUCACAUAUUGACAGGGUUUUGCAAUUGGUGUAUAUUUGACCUAAUUAUGGCCCUUUGUUUUUUUUCCUUAUAUAGAAUAUAUAGUGAACAAUCUCUUCUGUGCGCAACUCCUCCUACAUUUCUCAACAGAUUUUGACCAAACUUUCUUAGAAGCUUUGUUAUCAAGUGCCUGGCACAUAUUGUCGGGGUUUUGUGAUUGGAUAAUAAUUGACCAAAUUAUGGCCCUUUGUAUAUUUUUUCCUUAUACAGAAUAUAUAGAGAACAACUUCUUCUGUGCUCAACUCCUCCUACAUUUCUCAACGGAUUUUGACCAAACUUUAUUAGAAGCUUUGUUAUCAAGUGCCUGGCACAUAUUGUCGGGGUUUUGUGAUUGGAUAAUAUUUGACUGAAUUAUGGCCCUUUGUAUAUUUUUUCCUUAUACAGAAUAUAUAGUGAACAAUUUCUACAGUGCGCAACUUCUACAUUUCUCAAUGGAUUUUGACCAAACUUUCACAGAAGCUUUGUCAUCAAGUGCCCUGGCGCUCACUAAAUUCCCAUGUUUCUUCCAAGACAUCAUUCAAGUAUUUUUUUAAAAUUGUGAACAUACUUUUCUUGAUAUCGCACGAAACACCACACGCCAAUAUUGUUGACAAAAGAAAAUGACAAGAGACGCAAAAAUGCAAAAAUUAAGCAAAAAUAAAGUACUGUUUACCUUUCUAAAAUAUUUGGGAAAAAAAGGCGAAUAGACAACAUAAAAUUUCUCAAUCAUUUUUGUUUGAGGAAUAUUAAAAAAGCCAUAAUUCCUCCUAAAAGUUCAAUUAAAAACAAAUGCCCCUUCAUGACAAAGCUUCUGUGAAAUAUUUUGCUGAAAACCUGGUUGCAUCGCAUUGCGAUGUUCCUUGUUAAAUUAUUAGACUUUAAAGUAGGAAAAUCUUUUUCAACUGUUGGUUGCCUCCCUCCUGCACACUGUAUAUGAUAGGUACCUAGAGUCCCUUUAUGAUGGGCCCAUGCAGGACGGUGCUUUCUGAUGUACCUGUUUACUUGUUACCAUUCAUUCUAUAAGCUUAGUGUAUGUAGUAGUAAUGAUAAGUUAUUAUAAAUUAGUUCAGAUUUUGUUAGGCAGACUCAGUACUUAUUUUAGGUAUGUUCUUGUAAAUCAGAAUUAGUAUUUAGAUCUAUAACCUUAAGUUCUUAUGAUUUAGAUUAAUCAUUUGUAACCUUAUUGUUUGAAUUGUAAAUUAGACUUGAUAAAAAAAGCAGUAACUUGCUAAUAACACUAAACCAUUGUGGGUUCGAAUCUGCCAGUAUCUUUGGAUUAUCCAGCUAUCUUAUUGCAAUGUUGGUGGUUCUACUCUGGUGCCUGCUUGUGUCUGAAAUAAUGCAUGGUAGGACACCUGACGUCUUCCUCCACCUGUAAAGCUGGAAAGUUGCCAUAUGACCUCUACUGUGUUGGUGUGACAUAAGACCAAACCAAAUAAAAUAAUUCUUAUAGAUCAUCCUUGUAACUGAGAUACACAACUAAUUUUGUAACUUAAAAUUCUUUAAAAUAGUUUUGUAACUUAAAAUUCUCUAAAAACAUCAUAUGUUCUUAGAUUAUUUACCAGAAUUUCUUAUAAAUUAUACGUCACACUCAAGAUAAGUGUACCUGAUUCCUGAAAUUCUUAGGAAUUUUAUCUAAUACACUGUAUUUAGGUUAUUUUACUAUUAUCACUAUUGAACUCAGUUAGUUGACCUCAAGUAAAAGUACUUAACUAUUUGUUCUUAUAUCCCAUCCCAGUGACAUACAUAUGAUGUUUCUCUAGUUGUAUAAUGUUAAGUAGACAUACCUUAGUAAUAACAGUCAGGAUUGUUUUAAUGAAACUCAUCUUAAUUGGAUUUCUAUUUGUUUUUUGUUUU